CAUCUACAGUCGUCUGACAGCUUCUCAAGAAACGCGGAAGUGCCUGUGCUGCUGAUUACCAUGUUCAGUAGAUUACUGACACGUACAUAAGGUGCAUUUGAAUGUGAUCCUCAGACGGGCCUGGUCAGAUCAUAAGAAAGAUGGGUAGGCGGAGGAAGAGGGUUGCAACAGGUGAUGGAGUUCCAAGUCCAAGAAAGGAGGAAAAGGCACCUGCUCCACCACGCAAGGAGAAGAAGAAAAAAACUGACAUCGGGAAAGUGUUCAUCAAUAUAUCCAUCGGUCUGUGCAUCUUCAGCCUCAUCUGGUUCUUCUAUGCUCUUUAUAUGCGCUCAUCCUUAGCCAGAAGGGUUGUGACACUGCACCCCUCUCCAAGGGUCUUGGAUGCUAAUAGUUCAAGCCCUGCAGUCUCUCCCGAAAGAUACUGGGGUUCCUAUCGUCCCCAGGUGUACUUUGGGAUGAAAACAAGAAGUCCUCGAUCUGUUGUGACAGGUUUAAUGUGGAUGCACCAGUUUGCUGAAAUGGAUGGAAAUCUCAGGCACACAUGUGAGCAAGGGGACCAUUUGCUGGGCUAUGGAUGGUUAAUGCAUGAUGGAGUCUCUUUUGGAGUCCAGGAGAUCCAUGACCGGGAUUUCACCCUGACCACAGAGUUCGUCAAGCGCAUGGGUGGAGAUCAUGGGGGAGACUGGACUUGGAGAAUCACUGCAAAACAACAUGGCACUGCUUUGUCGACUCCUGUGGUCUCGCUAAUGUUCUACGCUUCCACAGAUGGUCAAGGUUCAUUGCAGGCUCACGUUGAGGAGAAAAAUCGUGUGAGUUCUGUCACAGGAACAUCUGAGGAGCUUGGCAACUUUAAGAUUACUUUUGGCAAACCGACAGCAGGAGAAGGUGCUAGUGCCAAAUAUGCCAGAUAUAAUUUCUUGCAAACAAGAAGCCCUGGUCUUGAUAAGCUGACAGAUAUAGUGAAGAACAGCCUGAAUCACAAGUUCAUUUUCAGUCCUCCCAAAGGUGAAAAAAGGUCUUAUUUUGCUGUGGAUACUUACAAAGUAACUAACCACCAGAAUCAACAGAACGAUCCCAAGAUGGAGAGUGAUUUUGUCGUGCAUCAGGUGACUGUUCAAACACCUUUUCAGAUUGAAGUCUUGUUUGAAUCCGGAAGUUUCCGUGAACGACCGAAUCAGCUUGUGGGCUCUGUGCUCACGGAUGAACUGGAGAAGCGUAAGGUGGCAUUUGAUGAGAAGUUUGAGGCUACGUUUGGUCUUCAAGCUAAAGGAUUCACAUCUUCACAUAUCAAAUUUGCCAAGGCAGCUUUAAGCAACAUGCUUGGUGGCAUGGGAUAUUUUUUCGGACCAUCGGUGGUGCAGUCGGUUUACAAUGAACACCCCGUGCUUUACCCUGAGGGGCCGCUGUUCACAGCAGUACCAUCGCGAUCUUUCUUUCCAAGAGGCUUUCUUUGGGAUGAAGGAUUUCAUCAGCUUCUCCUAAGCAAAUGGGACACCCAGUUAACACAGGAGGUCUUUGCACACUGGCUCGAUCUGAUCAACAUAGAAGGCUGGAUCCCACGGGAGCAAAUCUUGGAUGAUGAAGCACGCAGCAAAGUACCAUCUGAGUUUAUAGUGCAGCACAAUGAAAACGCAAACCCUCCCACGCUCUUCCUGGCCCUACAGGAGCUGCUGGAGCAGCUUGAUGCAGAGUUAGUGUCCUCUCAGACCAUGCUUCCUUUCUUGAGAAAGUUGUACCCUAGAUUGCAGGUUUGGUUCGAGUGGUUUAACACCACACAAGUUGGACCUGUUCCCAACUCCUACCGUUGGCGAGGAAGGGACAAAGACACCAAUCUUUUCCUAAAUCCCAAGACGCUGACCUCUGGCUUGGAUGACUACCCACGGGCUUCCCACCCAUCUGCUGAUGAAAGGCACGUGGACUUGUAUUGCUGGAUGACCUUAGCCUCUGGUGUCAUGGCAAAUGUUGCACGAAUACUUGGAGAGCCCCACCAAGUAUAUGAAAACACCCAUCGUAGUCUGAGCAAUAACGACCUGUUGAACGAGCUGCACUGGUCCGAGAAUCUACACGCAUUUAGUGAUUACGGAAAUCAUACCCAAGCAGUCUCACUUCAGCAGGAGAAAGUGUUUGUGCCACCUGGACAACCACGGCACCAGUUCCCAGUUGCUCGAUUGGUUCGUUCUGUCCGCAGAGCCCCUAAGCUGCAGUAUGUGAAUGCAUUAGGCUACGUUAGCCUAUUUCCAUUCUUGCUACAUAUUUUGACACCAGACUCGCCAAAAAUUGAGCAUAUAUUGCAAGCCAUUAAAGAUCCAGAGCGCCUUUGGACACCAUAUGGCCUCCGCUCACUGUCCCGCGCAGAUCCACUCUACAUGAAGAGGAACACAGAACAUGACGCCCCCUACUGGCGUGGACCCAUCUGGAUCAACAUCAACUACCUGGCUGUUAGAGCACUGCAUCACUAUGGCAGCAUAGAAGGGCCAUACAAGGAAAAGGCAGCUACCUUAUACCAAGAGCUCAGGACUAACCUCAUGAAUAAUGUUUACAAGCAGUAUCUGGAAACAGGAUACAUUUGGGAACAGUACAAUGAUAGCACUGGAAGGGGGCAGGGAAGUCACCCUUUUACUGGCUGGUCGGCUUUGACUGUACUUAUUAUGGCUGAGAAGUAUUAAAAAUCAGUAGCAAGCCAGAAUCGAGUGGUAAAUCAAGAUGCUCAACUGGUGCCAUAUGUUUGUUACAACAAAGUGUAAUUCAUUCUUAAGUGAUUUAGAUAAUUGGUGUAAUUUUUUUAUUUGCUUGUUUAAUGUAAUAAUCUGGAAGCCUGUUAAAUUAUGUCAAUUUUACAUCUGGUUUAAUGUGAUUAUAUCCUCAGGUUUGAAGCGCUGAAGGCUUUUUCUGGCUCAGACAAUACAAUGUCAUCUGUGUGAACCAGUAGACAACAGUGCACUUAUUUUGGUCCAUUGCUGUUUGGCUUCAUUAAAGAAAAUAAAUCCAAAAGUUCUUAUUU